GCAGCCCUAACCAACCUCUCUGGUACCGCGAAUCUGAGAAGUGAGAAGUGAGAAGUGAGAAGUGAGAAAUGCUUCGCGUUUCCGAGGGCGAGAACCGUCGACCCGAGGGUUACCUCGCGAACUACAAACAGCUUCGCGAUUCACUCCUGGAGCUUCAAAGCGCCGCUGAUCGAAUUUUCGACAGGAUUGAAGAGAGAACUGCAAAAGAGCAUGAUAAGCUGAUGGACUUGUCUAACAGAGUUCAAAAGGCAAAGGCCAAGAUUGAUGCUAUAUCACAUUCAAAGGAAGCAAUUGCAAUCAGGUCUUCUCCAAGGUACCCAUCAAAAUCUGAUAGGGAGGAGGAUUUUCACUCUUUAUUUGGAUAUAGAGAUAGUGAUACAGGUUCAGGAUUGCCAGUAGCAACUUUGUUAGUAAAUGCAGGGCUGAAUAGGGAGUUUGGAGAUGGGACACUUGAGCUUUUUCAGUUUUUCUCAGAGACAAGUUCUGACUUUCUACCAAAGGAUGCCCAGCCUGAGGUAGUGUCUGGAGUUGGCCAUUCAAGUGGAAAUGCAUUUGUUGAGAGCCUUCUUAAACCUCCAGAUUUUACCUAUGGCAGCAUCCUGAAAGAGGAAAAUAUUAUGACUGAUCAUUCAUCAAGUCCCAAGCAUCAGACACUCCCACCUCCACCUCCAAGUUUAAUUCAUAGUUCGCGGGUGCUUCCAAGAUCAGAAGGUUUCAACUCUAGACCGUCCCUUAUUCAACAUUUGAAGACAAAAAAUGUCCUUGCUGAUAUCCCUAAGGUUUCCAGCAAGCCAUUGGGUGACCCUCGGAGAUCUGUUAGACCCACUUCUGUAGGCAACUCUGGGUUUGUUACUGGAAAGGCAGGAUUCUCCGAUCUGACUUCAAGCCCAAGUAGUUCCUCCACUCCAUCAAACAAAGUCAGUGAUUCUGGUAAAUUAAAAGACAUUCUUGCAGCACUAAGACCUAAGGCCCCAUUGCAGGAAUCUUCAGAGGAUCAAAGUGAAGGAGAUGACCAGGAUGACAAGGGACAAUAGGAAAAAGGCUCACAUUCAUGCUCAACUUUGGAAUUGUAGGGAUUGGGUGUAACCCAUCCAUGGAAUUAGUUGCUGACACUUGAUUUCUUUUAUGGAAUCACUGCCCCUGAUUAUUUGAAUUUUUUUCAGAUUUCAGUUGCUGACAUAGACAAUCUACUUCAGAGAGGUCUGAUGUCCUUAAAAAGAGCCUUCGUCACAUUUUUUUUUUUUUUGUGAAAGUAAUGCUUCAGCAAAUUAUCUUUCUGAUCAGAUGGUUGAAGCUGUUAUCUAUUAAAGAAUGCUGCAGGUCUGAUCCAUUGAUUCCAAAAGCUCGUUUUUGAGCUUGUUACA